CACGCCAUCCUCAGAAAAUACACUCAUCACGGCUCAUCCCACUUCGAGACCCACUUGAGCGGGCUCUUGUACUAACUCGUAUGCUCUCACUUCAUCACCAAUUCACUGUGAUGAAAACCCCAUGGUGACGUCGCGUGGGGUACGGGUGGUCCAGUCCGAUAUCCCGCUUGUGCCUUCGCCUUCCUUCGCUCAUGAUAGAAAAUUUCAUCAUCCCACUAGGACUGAUGCGACAACAAAAAAGGAGUGACCGUACAACUUAGAUCAAACAUUGGUUUUCGACAUGCAUGGGAUACCUCUCUGCCAUAGUGGUCACGGCCACAACAUCCAUCCUGGCACUGACUGCUAUUGCAUCGUUCUUGUACCUGAACUCUCGACAGAGAUUCACGCUACCGACUAUCUUUAGCACCACCGAACCAGCCCAACACGUUCGGACUGACCGGGAGACUGGGGAGCAGAACAGCCGUCAUCCCAUCCCUCCUUCACAUGGCUUGCAUCACCUAUCAAAACAACGCGUGUACCUAUCUAUCCACCUUUGUUUGUAUUUACUACCAGUGUCUGACGAAGAUAAAGCCACUCCUUGAACUGUUGAGAUGCUGCCCUAUCAUGCCUGAUAGCUAGCCACCGUGCAGUACGUGCAAACACAGUACCCAAGGGGUUGGCGCCUUAGACAAGCUUUUUCGCCUCAAAUCCCUCCCUCCAACCCGGUCGCCGCCCUCAGUGCUCAACAAGAAUCUUCCCCUGUUGAUCAAAGUUUUUUUUUAACAGCAUACGGGAUCCUAUGCGCGAAUCAAUCAACGAGUAGUCUUUUGUCUCUUAUCAAUCAAUGAUGCGAUUGCCGACCAAUCCUCA